AUGAUACCGCUCAUCGCUCUCGAGGAGCAUUAUCUCUCGUCGGCAGUUCUCCAAUCCCAAAAAGUUGACCGUUAUGCCAAUUUUCCUCCUCACAUGCAGACUAAAUUGAAGACUCUUGGUGAUGGCCGAGUGCAAGACCUAGACAACGGGAAAAUAUCGCUUCAUAUCAUUUCUCACUGCCCUGGCAUUAGAGAUCCAGCUGUCUGUUGCGCAGCAAAUGAUGAGCUUGCCGCGGCUAUAUCUUCUGAAAAGCCCGCCCGAAUGAUGGGGUUUGCUAUGCUUCCAAUGGAUAACCCUACUGCUGCUGUCAAGGAGCUUGAGCGUUGUGUCAAGGACCUACGAUUUGUGGAUCUAUCGAAGCAUUAUAAGGGAAACUACGAUGACAGAAUUGGAUUUGUCCUUGGUGGAGGUGGUUGGGGAUGGCACUCGGAGACUGCCUUGAGCCUUUUGAAAUUAUUCGCCAGUGGCUUCUUCGACCACUUCCCCAAAUCCAAAAUAGUGGUCGGACAUAUGGGAGAAAUGAUCCCAUUCCAGCUCGAGAGGGUCAUCACUAUAUCCGAGACUUGGGGUUUAAAGGGAGGAUUCAGAGAGGUGUGGACGCAAAACAUCUGGGUUUCGACAAGCGGCAUGUUUGCUAUUGCUCCAUUGGCGUGUUUGUUGCAGACUACCGAUAUCAGUCACGUACUAUAUAGCGUGGACUAUCCUUUCUCAUCGAACGAGAAAGGUCUCGAAUUCUUUGAGAAAGUUCGGAGCAGCGGCUUGCUUUCGGAUGACGACUUGGAGAAGUUUGCAUACCGCAAUGCCGAAGGAUUGCUCGGUGUCAAGGCGGAUAAAGUUUUGUAA